GCGAGUAGCAGGUACAGGUAGUAACAGGAGGAAGACGUCGGCGAAGGUCUACGGUAGACAGCACUGCAGUACAGUAGAUGUAACAUAGUGCGAUCAGAAGAAAGUCGUUGACAGACCUUGGACUUGGUGGGCCUUAGGUAGACGCGUCGUGCUAAGAUCUCAUUUACGCGUGUCAGCCGACGAGUUCACGGCACGCCCAACUGUAACGGGACGUUAUGGAUGACAUGCUCUUUCAGUUGCGGUUCAGCUGCAAACAGCUCGAACGACUCUCCAAGAAGGCGGAGAAGGAUGAGCGACUGCAGAAAGCAAAGAUCAAGAAGGCUUUGCAACAGGGCAACGUCGAAGGCGCGCGAAUCUAUGCUGAGAACGCCAUCCGCAAGAAGAACGAAAGCAUCAAUUACCUGCGCAUGUCUUCCAAAGUGGACGCUGUGAGCUCCAAGAUCAAAAGCGCCAUGGCUAUGAAGCAGGUCACCAAGAAUAUGGGUGGUGUGGUGAAGGCACUUGACAAGGCCAUCAACUCAAUGGACUUGCAGAAGGUAUCAGCUGUCAUGGAAAAGUUUGAGCAGCAGUUUGAGGAUCUGGAUGUGCGGAGCUCAGUGUUGGAAGAUGCUAUGGGCACAGCCACAACCACAACUGCACCUGCAGCCCAGGUAGACCAGCUGAUCCAGCAGGUUGCUGAGGAGAGUGGCCUUGAAAUGAUUGACCAGCUCAACCAGGCAGGCCUAACACCGGCUGAUACCAUUGCUGCCUCCACAGGUCGCCCACAGGCCGCUGAGGAUGCCCUCACCAAGCGCCUUGCAGCGCUACGUGACUGAUGGCUGCUGCAGGUGUGGUUGUGGUGGUCACCUAGAAUUUCCUUAGUCGGGCAAUGUGAAAGGGAUCAGGUUGUCCAGCCUUUCUGUUCUACACAGCAUGUUUUGCACUGUGUAGGAGGUCUGCUAUGCUGCUGUAUGGCCACCAAUGCCAUCUUUUAUAAAUGUGUUAAGAAGAGCAUAUGGUGGCAACUUACAAUUUAAUAAGCAUCUUGACUAGUUUUGUAGUAGUACUUGCAUCCACUCCCAUUUUCUAGCCCAUUUGAACUGCACCACGUUUCAAGUUUACUUUGCUGGCAGUGGCACUUUUAGCAUGCUUUAUAGUUUUUUUCUCUUUGUUCGUUCAAUGCUUUUGAAAUCCUUUGUAAGCAAUGACUGAAGAACUUUAUUUUGUGAGAGAUACAUUAUAAUGGGCUUUUAAAAAAUCAUUGAUGGCAGCUGUAAGCUGUUGUUAAUCUGGCAUAAGCUUGAAUGCUUAAUACACAAGCUGUCUCAACAGUAUUGGUAGUGCUCACAGAAUCAUAGCUGUGCAAUGCUUGGACCACUUCCUUGGUUGAGGUAGAGAGCAAUGCUGCUCUAAACAACACUGGCUGACGGCACAGUGCAUUGAGCUGUAGCCACAAAUAUUGGAGACAGUCAUUCGACUGUGUGCGUGUAUCAGCUAUGUUAAAGGGGUACUGACACCAAUUUUCGAAGGUUAGUUUACUCUACCAUACAAAUCUCCUGUAUACAGAGACUGCUCUGAGCAAGUGUGAAGCUCAGUAAAUGCUGAUAGGAUAUUUUAUUUUGACAUCAAAGUCAAAUUUAGCAUGGCAAACCUACUGAUAUCGACACCAUCGUGAUGUCAGGCCGUGUCAAUUCUGGCGACUUCAAGCUCCAUUGUGGCUAGUUGUGAUGACGUCAGGUACCAAAACAUUUAAUAUGGUCACUUGUGCAUCACCAAAAACAUUCAAAAUGGCUGCUUGUGCGUCACCAAUGGAGCCAUGGAGCGGAGCUGCCGUGGAAACAUCGCGACAUCUUACGCGAGCAUGUGGCGAGAAGCUCAUGCCGUGUUGUGACGUCAGGGUACAGUAGGAACCGAAACUAGCUUUUUAAAACAUGCUGUAAUUACUUUUUCAGGGUGUACUCAUGGUUACCGGUACAUUUUCUAGGCUCUUGAGGGCUUGGCCUUUCAUUUGACUGAAAAAAAAAAACAACUGUAAAUGUUCGUGUCAGUACCUCUUUAAGACAGUAGAAUUCCUCUUUAGAUGCACAGAUAAAGUGGUGCCUUUUUGUACAUCAUAGCGACAACCACCAGGUUCAGGCGAGGAAUUUAGACAAGUACCAGCCCUGCAGCUUUGCCAGUAUUUCUUCAGCGACAUUAUACUACACACACAUAACAAAUUUACCCGAAGUGAAAUUCUGUGCUAGUUGGCCCUCAUGGCACACUGUGUACCAUUGCAAAGUGGUGCACAUGACUAGUAUGAUGUACUAUACACGCAGUGGUAUGCAGCACUUAUUAGGGAAGACGCUACAGUGAGAUCAUUUCAGUAUGUUGAUUUCUUCAGAGAUGUUAUUCAGUGGCAAGUAUUCUGGCAGUAAAAUUGGAUAGCUUUUUCACCUCCCAUUCUCAAUGGUCAUUGUUUGUUUGCUGUGUACCUUUGCUUGAUAGCAUGCUUUUAUGAAAUGGGUACAAUUGAAAUCAGAUGCUCUUUUAUUAGGGUCCAUGGAGCUGAUUCUUUUUGUGGUGAUUAUUUUUGGUGUGUGUUUUUUAUUAUGUAGUGCUACUGCAAGGUAUAUACUUGCAGCGUGCUCUGUGUAGGCAUUCUGUGUGGUUUUUGAUAUUUGCACAAUUUUUUCAUUAACAACACAUUUUUUUUUCCUUUUUUCUUGUGCUUUAGUUCCAAAACAAUCAUAGCAUAACUGUUGAAACAUUGUUAACUAAGGAUAAGCAUAGUCUGAAAUUGGUAAAAAGUUGUGGUAUAGUUGUCAUGUGUUGCUCAUAAAUACUAAUAUUAGGAGGCAUGCAAGGUCGUUUUUAAAACUGUGCUAUGCACACCAAGGGAUAUGAAUGUACAUAACAGUUACUAAACAGUUGGGUGUAUGUUGUAUUCUAAAAUAUUGCCUGCUUUCUUCUUAAUUUGGAAAGAACUGUCUGCAGGGCAGACAUUUGACAGUUUGAUGACAGCUUGAUGACAAAAAUGACAGUUUGAUGUCAUUUUGGAUUGAACAGUUUUCUCAUAAACUCAAAAAAUGUCAAUGGAAUGUAGGAAAAGUCUGGCUUGCAUAGUCUCUCACAAUAAUACCUAGAGGAAAAUGUAGUGCCACCAUCUAUGCAAGUUUCAUAAGGUGCACUGUGCCAUCUUGGAACGAUGGUAUAUGUACCUGCGUGGCUUGUGUUGGCUGUCAUUGAGCGAGGCUUGGUCUGGAUACAGCUGGAUACAGCUGCACAAAGACAGUUUCUCUAAAAUGAAACCUUCAUAAACAACUUUCAUUCACCUGUAUAAAGUUUUACAAUAAAGGUUUACUCACCUGCAGGGCAUAAGCUAACAGCAAAAGAAAGAAACAGACGGCAAACUGUUGCAGAGUGAUUGCUGCCCUAGUCGUCUGUCUUCCGACUUUAGCGGCCAGUCGCAACUUUUUGUGUUUCAUAAAUUUAUGCAUCUAAGCAGACGUUUGCAAAGUUAAAUAAAACUUGUUUCUGUGUAAUGAUAAGAAGAAAAAAUAGUUCACUGCAUGCUGCUUCAGUACAAAAUUAACCAUCACGACACAAAGAACGCUUCCAACCAAAUGCGUCUUCGAGGUGUUUGGGCUCUUCUUGAACGAUGCCAAUCCAUAUCCGACACAUCCCAGCAUUCCCAUGCAUACAACAGCGUCACAGCACCAGUUUCCUUUCUAGACAAUUGUAAGAAACUAUGCUUGCUUUUAAACUAAACAAGUAGACAAAAAAUUACCUGAGUGCAAGGCAACUCUUGGUGGUGCUGUAUUAGUUUGCGCAUUGUAUAAUACACCAGGUUUUGUGGUGCAUUUUUUCUCUAUAAAACUUGGUUUAUGUUAUUGGGAACACCCUCACACAAAAGAUAUAGAGUGGUUGUAGAAACCACAAACUUCUGACAGGCCAUGACACAUGUUGAAGACAUGCAGUGAACAAUUCAGUGAAAAAUGUUAGGCAUAACUUUAAAAGACCUGGGAAGACAGUGGUAGGAAAUAUACAGCAAACAGGGGUAGCAUAUAUUCUAGUCAACAUAAAGAGAAAAAAAAAGAAGAGCUGGGCAAGUCAUGUAAUGCAUAGGCAAGGUAACCAAUGGUGUGUUAGAGUUACAGAAUAGGUGUUAAGGAAAGGGAAGCACAGUUGAGGAUGCAAGUUUGCAGGCAGAAGAUUGAAUAGCUUGUGCAAGACGGGGGUAAUUGGAGAUCCCUGAGAGAGACUUCUGCACAGCUGUGAACACAUAAAUAGGCUGGUAGUGAUGAUGAACUACACAUGAAUGUCCCCAAAUAUUUCAAGUGUUUUACUUGUGUGAGCAUUGCAUUGGACAGCAUUGCAUGGCACUAGAACUAAAAUAAGCAUGUUUGGUUGUCUUUAUGUAACAAUGCAAGAUGAUAAUGCCUUAGCACAUUUUGUAAUGGAUCUUUCACUGAGUGUGGUUUGGUGUUAAUUGGUUUUAUGCUGCAGAAAACUAUGCCUGGAAGUAGUAAUUGAAGGCGGCCAGUGAAGUGCUACAAUUUGAGGGCUUUAUCAUGAAUCAAUAUCCCACUACUCGGGCAUUUUUAUGUUUUGUAUCCAUUGAAAAGCCUGGUAAUUGAAUCCACAGACUUCAGUGGUAAAUUACCAUUGCCUCUGAGCCGUCGUCGUAGUUCUCUUAUUUGCUCUACUUUUUUUCCCUACUGUGGUUUAGCAGAUAAUGCAUUGGAAAAGUGAACAGAAUAUCUUAUUAUUAUAUACAGGCUUUCACAGUAUCUCUCUCUGUGUAGAUGUUUAAUUGAGCAAAGCCUUCAUUCCACAGUCAACAUGUGACAGCGGUGUUUGAUACAGUUGGUAAGAUGUAUCACAUCAGUGGUCAGCACAUAAUUGUUCACACAGUGAUGGCAAACCAACAAAAACAACUCAAGGUAUACACUAAACUUGACAAACAUUUUCACCGAGUGAAUGUAUGGUUUUCAUACAUCUGGAUGCUGUAGUUACAGUUGAAUGCUCUGAGGUCAAGACUUUGUGCUUGGCAAGUUUUAUUUUGCUUUGUUGUAGGUAGGUACAAUGUGCCUGCCCCGUCUUGGCAGAGAUUGAAGUGAUGCUUACACUGUACAUACUGUAAUUAAAAGAUUUUAUUUCUGUCA